GUCAUGUUUUGUGUAGCAGCGACAGAAGCAGUAACGGCAGCCGUAGUGUUGUUUUUAAUGCGAAGGCUAAAGAAUUUUUGUGUCUGGAGCAGAUCCACAGAAAUAUUCGAACGCCACAGAUGCGUUGUUUUUGUAGAGCAUCUUACCUCAUUAGCUUGUGGACCAAAUUAGCCACACAAGCUAACAGUGGAGCGAAGUUGACAGUGAUGCUGACUAUAACUUUAAGCAAUUAGCUACACUGUUUUAAAGGGGAUACACCCACUGAUGUAUGACUAUAAGGAGUCGCCACAGAGGCAGCAGUCAACCGGGCUCGAAGGAGGACCAACUGCCCGAACUACGACUCGAACAUCUGGAUCAGACACCAUGGGGGCUCCGAUGGGACCGGUGCUGCACUGGUUACACGAUGUGGCAGCUGUGACACUCCUCAAGGCACGGCGAACUUUGUUUCAGGCUGCCAUUCUGUUCUGUGUCCUGGUCCUGCUGCUCUGGGUGUCCAUCUUCCUUUAUGGAAGCUUCUAUUACUCCUACAUGCCCACUGUGAGCUUCUCCACCCCUGUGCACUUCUACUACGCCUCUGAUUGUGAUGCGUCAGGUUCAGCGCUGUGUUCAUUUCCCAGAGCCAACAUCUCGUUUUUGAAGAACGAUCGAGAUCAGGUCAUGGCUAAUGGACAGCCUUAUCGCAUAUCUUUGGAGUUAGAGAUGCCGGAGUCUCCAGUGAAUGAAGAGCUGGGUAUGUUUAUGGUCCAGAUGUUUCUUUAUACCAGAGGUGGGCACAUUGUCUCAUCGGUGGGGCGAUCUACAAUGCUGCAUUACCGCUCCAGCCUUCUGCAGACCCUGAGCACCUUAUGCUUUUCUCCUCUCCUUCUGACUGGUAUGACUGAGCAGAAGCAGCUUGUGGAAGUCGAACUGUUCUCCAACUACAAGACAAAUGCUUAUCAACCGACUGUGGGCUCCAUCGUUGAGAUCCAGUCCAAGCGAGUGCAGAUCUACUCAUCGCAGCUCCGCAUCCAUGCCUACUUCACUGGCAUACGCUAUGUUCUGUACAACUUCCCCCUGACAUCUGCUGUGAUCGGCGUGGCUACCAAUUUUGCCUUCCUCAGUGUCAUUGUGUUGUUCAGCUAUCUGCAGUUCAUAUGGGGUGGGCUCUGGCCUCCAGACCAAGUGAGGGUCAGGGUCAUGAUGGGAGACAACACCCGCAUCCAGCAGAGGAGAGAGGAGGCUCUAAAGCGCAUGGAGAGGGAAAACUCCCAGAAGGAACUCAAUGCUCCCAAAGUGAUAGGAUCUGUGACUGAUUUGUCUGAAUUCCAAGGAAAUGAAACCAACACAGAGCUGUUUCCCACAAAGCCCGUAAAUGUCUCAGAUGCCUCUGGGCCUGAUGUGCCUGGUACCAAAGAAGAGUCUAAUGAAACUAAGGAGCCAGGGGAAGACAACGGCUUGAACAUGUUAGAGGCAUCCGUGCUACCUCACCAGGGUGAGACAACGCUCCGCCAGAGACCUGGGCCCUGGCUGAGCCUGUGAAAAUGCAGCCACAUGCAGAUUCAAGCAAACUAACUGCUGAAGUUAGGACAAACAUAGAUGCAUGAGAAUAUGUUACUACAGUAUAUUGUUCCAGCUGCCACAUGGCUUCUUGCUUAGUGUUAACUUAGUAGACAGAUUGUUGAAACAAAACCACUGCAUCUUUACAGCUUUAUGUUCGUCGGCAUUUUAGUUUUGUUCAUGGGCACAGUUGAAGUUCCACAUUCCAGCUUCAGCCUGUUUGACAGUGCUUUCAGCAGGAAUUUGGCAUCGCUCUGAUGUGUUAUCCAGAAGUUUAACACACCCUUUAAGUUAGUCUAACGUUUGAAAUGUGGCAUUUUAUCAAAUGAAGACAGGCACUCGCGCAAAGGCAGAAUGAUGAAUAUAGUGACGCUCUUUAUAGGUAGUUCAAACAUCGAUAAAAUUAAAUGUAGCGAGCUUGGAAUAAAAAGUUGUUUAAUGGACUUCAUGCAUUUUUAGAUGUGCGCAAAUAGGCCUCGUGACACUUCUGCUUAGAGGUUCUCUCAGAGGAAUUGGAUUUGGCCUAAAAGGCGUCUUUAUUUAAUUCAUAGAAAACAUUUGCAGUGGUUCCAUUUAAAUUAUUGAAUGCAUUUUUGCAUGAUUUGAUCUUAUUCGUUUUGCAAAUUGUUAUGCCAUGUCUCCGUGUAAUGGGCUAUUUAACUGACAUGGCACGUUAAGAUAAAACUUGAAUGCUUUUAUAAAGUGGUGUUCAUUCCAUCAGUUCUUAGUAUACAGUCUCAAUUACAGUGCUGCCUGCACUGUGCUGUUCAUUGUUGUGAAAAUAUCAUUUGUUACGUCUUUCUUUACGACAAACCACCAAGAUAUAUUUUAUGGGUCCUAAUUUAUAAGCUAGGCUGUUCUAACACUGUCUAAGUAUACAAAAAGAGAAUGUUUACUGUUUUUAAUUUUGUGUUGUUUACUAAUGCUAAUACUGAGAAGUUGGGUUUGUAUGUUUGUUAACAUUCUGUUUUUAUGUUUUAAGUCUUUAUUUGUGUGUUGAGAACUGUCUGUACGAUUGUGUGCAGAUGUAUGUUGCAUUUUGAACCAAAGAUACUUAAUAUAUUCAGUCAGUUUUGUGUCUCUCUUACAGUAUAUUAUUUUAAAUGCUUCCAUAAGUUAGAUAUGCACCGAUACUAAAUUAAACAAACAUAGAGACA